AUGACCGUCAUCAGUGCCUCCAUUGUGAAGCACACGACUGCUUCCUCUCCUCGGCCACAUGUUCUCUACUGCGUCAAGGUUACCACGGACGACGGCCAAAAGUUCGAAGUCGCGAAACGUUACUCUGAAUUCGUCGACGUUCACAGUGCGCUGGCCGACUCCGAGGUGCUUCCACCCAAGAGGAUUAUGGUCACAUCCUUCAUUCCCUCUGCAUGGGUGGACGACAAACUCAUAGCGGAGCGCAAGGAAGGCCUAAACUCGUAUUUAACUACUAUACUGGGCUUGCCAGAGUACCGUGAACACGCGGCACUCGUUCGACUCCUGACCCCCGUUUCCUCGGCCCCUGCUAAGUUUGACCCAGAGGAUGCGCUGCCGUCCACGCUUUCCAGGAAGACAGCGUUGGAACUGCAGGGAAAAUUGUCUGCUGCGGCUACGACCCCGAUUGCUGCUGCUUAUUACCCCGACUGGGCCUCCGCUACCAAUCCUCCUCAGGGUGUGGACUUUUCGAAAUUCGACGUCCUGUUGUUCGCAUUUGCAACACCAAACUCUUCGUCUACCAUCAGUUAUGACUCCGGAAGUACCAGUACUUUAGAGACUUUGGUCAGCAGCGCUCAUAAUAGCGGGUACGGCACCAAAGUCGUCCUUUCUAUUGGUGGUUGGGGCGGAAGUUAUUAUUUUUCACAGGCUGUCGGCACUUCUGCGAACAUGACGACAUUCGUGAAUGCGUGUGUAAGUGCGGUAAAUACGUACGAUCUAGAUGGAAUUGACAUCGAUUGGGAAUACCCAGGUGAAUCUGGCGCUGGAAACCCGUACUCCUCUGAUGAUUCUGCGAACUUCCUCGCAUUCCUGACCUCGUUGCGUUCGGCACUCGGCUGGUCCAAGAUCAUCUCAGCGGCCGUGACGGACCUCCCGUGGCAAGGGUCGAACGGCAGUCCCCUGACAAACGUCGCCGCAUAUGCCGCGCAACUCACCUACGCAAACAUCAUGAACUACGAUGUCUGGGGCGCCUCUUCCACUCCCGGCCCCAAUGCACCUUUGGGCAAUCUUUGUGGCACCGCGCAGCUGCCGCAAUACAGCGCUGAGGCUGCGCUCUCGCAAUGGACGACCGCGGGCUUUCCCGCCUCUCAGCUCGUGCUCGGCCUCCCACUCUAUGGCUACGUCUCCGAAAGCACAGCGACGACGCUCGCUGAGAUUGCGCUGCCCCCACCAGGCUUCCGCCUCGCGGAGUACCGCCAGCGCGUGCUGGGCCUCCCGAUGCGCAACCCGCUCUCGAAUGGCGGGCUCGUAUGCGAGCUGCCGCAGAGGGCAGCUAAUAAGCCCAGUGGGAAGCCAAACCCGCUUAAUGGCGCGCACCCGCAUGCGAGGUCGAAGGUUGUCACUGAGAAUGCGAAUCUGAGUUCAUAUUGGGGCCAGCAGAUCGCAUUUAACCAGAUUGUUGCCUUAGGUGCGCUGACGGAAACGUCGUGGAAGACGUUCCAGGAAGCGGGCGGGUAUACAGAGGGUUGGGAUAAUUGCAGCGACACACCGUACCUCUUCGAUGUGUCUCAGGCAACGGUGGUGACGUACGACGAUACUUACUCGCUGGGCGACAAGGCAACUUUCGCGAAGCAGAAUGGUAUGGCAGGAUGCUUCACUUGGUCUCUGGACCAGGAUUACAACUAUGUGCUCCAGGACGUCAUCCGCUCCAGUCUGGGGCUUUCAUGA